UACAACCUUCACUUACUUUACUGGUAAAUAUUAAAAAAAGCACUAAACAGCUGCCAUCACAGUACCUUUUGGGUGUUUUUUGGAUAUUUUUGGAAAUUUGGCCUAAAUAUCGACUGUUGUCAUCACAAGACUUGACACGUGACACAUCUGACGUUUAAAUGACAACAAUCAUCUGACAAAUUCUAACCACAAUUUUCCCCAGUAUAACCUCAAAACACUAACGUGUGCUGUUUAUGAAAAAUUUUGAAUCUUUAAAGAAAAUAUAGAAUGGAAGUUCCUGUUAAUUUUAAGGGUGGAGGGUCAUUCGUGAAUCUUCCUCCUGUAUUUUCCGGCGAUGGAGAAAGUAUAUUUGUAUGUUGGAAGGAUCUGGUGGUAGAGUAUAGUGUAAAAACUGGAAAACUACUUCACGAGUAUAAAGGAGUACAAGAUAAAAUUAUAGGUUUUGGCCAUUGCAGUUACAAUUCAUAUGACUGCAUAGCAGCAUGUUCAGAAAAAGGAGAUAUAACUUUAUGGCAAGCUCUCACUCAUUUUAGGAUGUUUCAGAAGAAAAUUACAACAAAGAAAUUUAAUAAAUGCCUGAAAACCUUUCAUGUGAUUCCAUCAGAAGGCGAAUUUAAGGCAUUGAUUUCAUAUGAUGAUGGAAGCCGGGCUUUCUUUAAAGUAGUCACCCUAUGUGCAGAUUCUUAUAAAAAAAGCACUCUAUUUACUAUAGAGAAUGGCAAGCAAGAUUAUCAUUUAAGUGUUGGAAAUACAUAUUUUACUGUUGCUUGCGGAAACAGGUUAGAUUUUGUCACACUUGGGAGUACAAAACAGUUGUCAAGAGCAUUUAUUGAUGACAGCCUCACAUUUACCUGCAUAGCAACACAUCCAACAGAAGAAAUGGUUUUGACGGGUGAUAGUUUGGGGAGGGUAAGGUCUUGGCAAAACAUAUUUGGCAAAAAAAAAGUUCAAACAAUAUUCCAUUGGCACACUCUACCUGUAAGGACAGUCUGCUUUUCCACUACAGGUACUUAUUUCUACAGUGGUGCAGAUGAAUGUGUUUUAGUGAAAUGGCAGAUUGAAAAUGCUAAUGAUAGGAGCUUUGUCCCAAGAAUUGCUGCUGAAAUCAACCAUAUAGCAGUGUCAAAUAAUAAUUUUUAUGUAGCAGUAGCAACAAGAGAUAAUGCUAUAAGAAUUUUGGAUUCAACCUUGAAUCAAAUCACCCUUAUUCAACAGCUGGUGCUUGGGAAGCAUUAUGAUUGUGGUCUUACAUAUGAUCACAGGACAAAGGCACUAAUUAUGAAUGGAAAUCAAGGUCAAGUACAAUUUUACUCCACAGAGCAUAUGUCUCUAUUAUAUAAUGUGGAUAUUGUUGUACAAAAUAAAAUAACCAAUGAAAGGGACUGUGUGAUGAAAAACACUGAAAUCACAAAAAUAGCAAUUAGCAAAUGUGGAUUGUGGCUAGCUACAGUUGAGGAGAGAAUUGAUGAACUGUACAGUAAUGAAAUAAGACUGAAAUUUUGGAAAUUUGAUCUGACAAAUCAGAAGUUUGAACUCAAUACAUCUAUUGAAUAUCCCCAUGAAAAAUCAAUAAACAGCCUAGCAUUUCAACCAGUUUUGAAGAACAAUGUAGUAUGUAUAACUGUUGGAGAUGAUAAAAAGUUUAAAGUUUGGGGACUGUCGGAUGCAUCAACAGUGUACAAAAAGGAUAUUAUGUGGUUAUGUCUGGGCAUAGGGUUCCACAGAGAUCUUCCAUGCAAAUCUUUGUCUUUCUCUGCAGAUGGUUCUCUUCUAGCAACUGGUUUUGGCAAACUGCUGACAAUAUGGACUCCUGAUACAUGUGAACUGAAAUGCUCCUUGUCACAUCCAUUACACAUUGAGCCUGUGAAUCACAUAUGCUUUGGAACCGGCCUAAACUGUCAUCUUGUGGUAGCAGCGAGUUCCAACCAAGUCAGUGCAUGGAAUGUUUUGACCCUCACUAUGACAUGGACUGUAUGUUUGCCAGUGUCAUUACUUAUAACUGAUAGCUUGAGUGAGCAUAUGGCUGCAAUUACUCCUGAUAAUAAAGUUUACAUAUUUUCGCCAGCCUCACCAAAACUGAUCUACAAUAGCCAGGAUCUUCUGAAGGAGUAUGACAACAUUGUAGCUGCGACCUUUGUGCCUAGUAAAUUUAGUAGUGACAUUCGAUUGCAGUGGUACCAGAGGACACCACUAUUUUUUGUCACUUCAUCAAACGAAUUGUUUUGUUUAGGAGAAACGGAAUGCAUGGACGAGAUCGCUGAAAACGAGGAAGUUACAUCGGACGGAUUCUUUAGUAAAAUGCAACCACACUCUCGGAUCAGUAUGACGAAGUCUUCAGAUGUUGAUAAACUUAUGUUUGAGAAAGAUAUGGGACAUAAGUCGAUCAAAAAGUAUUUGGAAGCUCCUAUCCAUACUUCAAUUCCAGUCCGGUUCUUAUGUUAUUCUAUGAUAAGGUCCUUGUCAUUACAAAAUAAUAAUUAACCUAUCCGUUAAUGUGAAAUAUGUUUAAUAAAUCUGAAUAUAGAAACAGCAAUUGCGUUUUUUACCCUUCAACAUCCAUAGGAGUGGUUUCAAAAUAUCAUGGUUAACUCUCAUCCGGCAGUUGACUGUAUCACAUAGAGAUGGG